AUGAUGAACGCCGGUGGAGGCGAUCUGCGUCGAUACGUGCGCGCCAGCGACCGACGGCUCGCCGAGGUGGCGGCACAGGCUGCGGCUCGCAUAGACCUAGAAACUUUGAAGCACCGCCGCUCAGAAGCCGCGGGCGUGACCACUGAGCGCUCGAUUGACGGUACAGUGGUCACGGCAACGUCCGUCAUCGAGUGUUCACUCAAGGAGAUGCAGGCGCUGCUGAACCCUCCCACGAGCGACCGUUACGCCUGCGUCAUGCGUGAGCUGGUCGGCCAGGACUUCAUCUACGGCUCCAUCGUGCACCACGCCGAGGAGAUCACGACGCAGAACGUGUCGGUCCGGACGGCCACGUUCGUGAAACGCCACAUGCUGGCGCGCAACGAACAAUGGUGUUUCGUCAGUGCGGUCAAGUCGUUGGAGUCGUGCUACAACAACGAGGCGCAGGGGUUCACCGUCACGCUGGCAUCGCUGCAUCCGGACGACGUGUUCACCGGCAAGGCUCAAGCGGCCAGUGUGAUUCAUAUUCAGGGACUUUCGGCGCUUUACCUCGUCACGGCUGAGCCACAUAGGAAGGGGUGGCAGGGCAGAAUGAAACGCGCCGUCCGAGUCACAUUUUGCGCGCACGUGGCAUCGAUCCCCGGCUCAGGUAGACCCUCUCCGUUCCGGUGGCUCAUGAUGGCGAGGAAUCGCGAGGAGGCAGACGACGCGUCGAACGGGGUAGUACUGGGCCGGGUCGUGCAGUUGGCACGCACACUCAAACAGUUCAACGUCGCUGUGCGUCGACGACGACUGGAUGCACAGGUUCUCGCUGAUCUGCGAAAGGUGCAGCCCAGCAACUCCCGUUGCGCGUGCUGCACGCGCCGCGUCAAGGUUGGUAAGAGUCUGUUCGGCGGCAAGAGAGGAAGCACGGAAGGGAGGACGAAGGAAGACGCGCGUGGCCCCAAGCGCUGCCAGCUCUGUGGCUUUCUCGUCUGCGCACGCUGUGUGUGCACAGUCGGCAGAGGCUCGAUGUCGGACGAGUCACUAGCUUCAAGCAAGGGUAUCAAGUACAGCCAGACUGUACACUUGUGCGAGCAUUGCAUGCAGCGCGUAGAUGACGCCGACUAUGACAGCUACUGCGCUUCGAACGGCAGUGCGUCACCGUCCAGUGCUAUUCAGCCUGAUAGCCCCGGGGCUGAGCCGCCCAGCGCCGUCAUCGCGCGGGUACUGAGCGAGGUACUUGGUGACGCUUCUCAGGAGGAGAAACCGGUAGUUAUUCGGGUCAUCAAGCACCUGCUCAGUCCGAAACAGGAGGAGAAAAGCAAGUUUCGUGCUGACUCGGAUGAAUUGGCCAAGAGCUUGGGUCGAUUGGCGGAGGAACAAGGCUUCUCGGACGAGAUUAAGAUGAAGGACGUUACGGAGACGAAACAAGCUCCUGAAGACACACCAGAAGGCCCCAUGACACCGAAGGAUGAGGAGAAACCUCCACUAGCAGGCACUACAGGUCGUCAGUACGCACUGCAGUAUACGGAUAUGAUCAACGAUGCUGAUGAUGAUACUGACGAUACCGACGAAACUGAAGAUGCUGAAGACGUGGACGACGCUAAAGAACUCACCGUUAUAUCCCGUCACCCCGUACCGGCGGAUGAAGCCUCCCGGUUGCAGUGGCUUGACACUCACCCGAAUAUUAUUUCGCACGUAAUGGAUCUCCCAGAUCUAGAACUGCUGUGCAACAUCGCACGCGGAGAGCUGCAGUGUGACGCGACACUGGUCACCAUGUUUGGUCCAAGCGCGUGCUACGUCGUGGCGUCCACCGACCCUGCUUGGCGAGGAGCCCAACUCCCGCGUGACCAUGCCAUUUGUGGCCACACUCUUAUGACUGGAGAACCGCUGCUUGUCCGACACCCGGAGGCAGACGUACGCUUCACUGCGAUGAAUCUCGUGCGUCGUGACGGUGUGCGCUUCUACUUCGGGUUUCCAGUCAAGAUCACGUACCCGGAAGAUGGAGGCACAACUGCAGUCGGAACGUUCUGCUGCGUCCACGCCGGUGAAACGCGUGAUGUGUCAGAAUCUCAGUACGCACUUAUGGCUACGCUUGCUGAAGGCGUGAAUCGAGUUAUGGAGUGCCGGGCGUCGCGGUUGUUGGAGAGCUAG